GUGAAGAUCGAAGAGACAUUCUCAGUCAAACAGGAAGAUCCGCAGGAACAAACAGACCUAGUUAAAGAGUAUGAGAGGAGUAAAGAGGAGGAACAUCAUGUCAAAAUUGAAGACAAAACUCAUUUAGAGACUGAUGAUAUUUUAAAAAUGAGAGACAAGCGUUGUUUUACCUGCAGUCAGUGUGGGAAGAGUUUGGCAAACAAAAGCAAACUAAAGAUCCACAUGAGGAUCCACAAUAGGGAGAAACUAUUCACAUGCACUCAGUGUGGGAAGAAUUUCAACCAAUCAUCAAACCUUAAUCAACACAUGAGGAUCCACACUGGGGAGAAACUAUUCACAUGCACCCAGUGUGGGAAGAGUUUCAGCAACUCAACAAACCUUAAUCAACACAUGAGGAUUCACACUGGAGAGAAACCAUUCACAUGUACUCAGUGUGGGAAGAGUUUCAGCCAAUCAUCAAACCUUAAUCAUCACAUGAGGAUCCACACUGGAGAGAAACCAUUCACAUGCAGUCAGUGUGGGAAGAGUUUCAGCCAAUCAUCAUCCCUUAAUCUACACAUGAUGAUCCACACUGGAGAGAAACCAUUCACAUGUACUCAGUGUGGUAAGAGUUUCAGCCAAUCAUCAAUCCUUAAUAUACACAUGAGGAACCACACUGGAGAGAAACCAUUCACAUGCCUUCAGUGUGGGAAGAGUUUUAGCCAAUCAACAUCCCUUAAUCAACACAUGAGGAUCCACACUGGGGAGAAACUAUUCACAUGCACCCAGUGUGGGAAGAGUUUCAGCAACUCAGCAAACCUUAAUCAACACAUGAGGAUCCACACUGGAGAGAAACCAUUCACAUGCACUCAGUGUGGGAAGAGUUUCAGCCAAUCAUCAAACCUUAAUAUACACAUGAGGAUUCACACUGGAGAGAAACCAUUCACAUGCAGUCAGUGUGGGAAGAGUUUCAGCCAAUCACCAUACCUUAAUCAUCACAUGAGGAUCCACACUGGAGAGAAACCAUUCACAUGCAGUCAGUGUGGGAAGAGUUUCAGCCAAUCAUCAUCCCUUAAUCUACACAUGAGGAUACACACUGGAGAGAAACCAUUCACAUGUACUCAGUGUGGUAAGAGUUUCAGCCAAUCAUCAAACCUUAAUAUACACAUGAGGAACCACACUGGAGAGAAACCAUUCACAUGCCUUCAGUGUGGGAAGAGUUUUAGCCAAUCAACAUCCCUUAAUCGACACAUGAUGAUCCACACUGGAGAGAAAGAGUUUAUGUGCUUGAAGUGUGAGAAUACUUUUAUUACAGCUGCAGAAUUGAAACGCCACCAGAGGGUUCACACUGGAGAAAAACCGUACAAGUGUUCACAGUGCAGUAAGAAUUUCAGCAAAUCAUCAUCCCUUAAUCAACACAUGAGGAUCCACGCUGGAGAGAAACCAUCCGCAUGCUCCCAGUGUGGGAAGAGUUUCAGUUGCUCAUCUCACCUUAAUAAACACAUGAGGAACCACACUGGAGAGAAACCAUUCUCAUGCACUCAGUGUGGGAAGAGUUUCAGCUACCCAUCAGCCCUUAAUAAACACAUGAGGAUCCACACUGGAGAGAAACCAUUCUCAUGCACUCAGUGUGGGAAGAGUUUCAGCUACUCAUCAUCCCUUAAUUACCACAUGAUGAUCCACGCUGGAGAGAAACCAUCCGCAUGCUCCCAGUGUGGGAAGAGUUUCAGUUGCUCAUCUCACCUUAAUAAACACAUGAUGAUCCACACUGGAAAGAAACCAUUCACAUGCACUCAGUGUGGGAAGAGUUUCAGAAACUCAUUAUUUCUUAAACAACACAUGAUGAUCCACACUGGAGAGAAACCAUUCACAUGCACUCAGUGUGGGAAGAGUUUCAGCCGAUCAUCAUCUCUUAAUCACCACAUCAUGAUCCACACUGGAGAGAAACCAUUCACAUGCACUCAGUGUGGGAAGAGUUUCAUACAAUCAUCACAACUUAAUCUACACAUGAGGAUCCACACUGGAGAGAAACCAUUCUCAUGCACUCAGUGUGGGAAGAGUUUCAGACGCUCAUCAUCUCUUAAACAACAUAUGAGGACCCACACUGGAGAGAAACCAUUCACAUGCACUCAGUGUGGUAAGAGUUUCAGACGCUCAUCUCACCUUAAUCACCACAUGAGGAUCCACACUGGAGAAAAACCAUUCACAUGCACUCAGUGUGGUAAGAGUUUCAGACGCUCAUCUCACCUUAAUCACCACAUGAGGAUCCACACUGGAGAAAAACCAUUCUCAUGCACUCAGUGUGGGAAGAGUUUCAGCAAAUCAUCAUCCCUUAAUCACCACAUGAGGACCCACACUGGAGAGAAACCAUUCACAUGCACUCAGUGUGGGAAGAGUUUCAGAAACUCAUUAUUUCUUAAACAACACAUGAUGAUCCACACUGGAGAGAAACCAUUCUCAUGCACUCAGUGUGGGAAAAAUUUCAGCAAAUCAUCAUCCCUUAAUCACCACAUGAGGACCCACACUGGAGAAAAACCAUUCUCAUGCACUCAGUGUGGGAAAAAUUUCAGCAAAUCAUCAUCCCUUAAUCACCACAUGAGGACCCACACUGGAGAGAAACCAUUCUCAUGCACUCAGUGUGGGAAGAGUUUCAUACAAUCAUCACAACUUAACCGACACAUGAUGAGCCACACUGGAGAGAAACCAUUCACGUGCACUCAGUGUGGGAAGAGUUUCAGUCAAUCAUCAUCCCGUAGUAAACACAUGAUGAUCCACACUGGAGAGAAACCAUUCACAUGCACUCAGUGUGGAAAGAGUUUUAGCCAAUUAUCACACCUUGAUUUACACAUGAUGAUCCACACUGGAGAGACACCAUUCACGUGCACUCAGUGUGGGAAGAGUUUCAACUAUUUAUCACACCUUAAUCACCACAUGAUGAUCCACACUGGAGAGAAACCAUUCAAAUGCCUUCAAUGUGGGAAGAGUUUCAGCCAAUCAUCAUCCCUCAAUCAACACAUGAGGAUCCACACUGGAGAGAAACCAUUUACAUGCACUCAGUGUGGGAAGAGUUUCAGCAAAUCAUCAUCCCUUAAUAAACACAUGAGGAUCCACACUGGAGAGAAACCAUUCACAUGCACUCAGUGUGGAAAGUGUUUUACCUGCUCAUCAAACCUUAAUCAGCACAUGAGAAUCCACACUGGAGAGAAACCAUUCAUAUGCACUCAGUGUGGGAAGAGUUUCAGCCAGUCAUCAUCCCUUAAUUACCACAUGAAGUUCCACGCUGGAGAGAAACCAUUCACAUGCACUCAGUGUGGGAAGAGUUUCAGCCAAUCAUCACACCUUAAUAAACACAUGAGGAUUCACACUGGAGAGAAACCAUUUACAUGCACUCAGUGUGGAAAGUGUUUUACCUGCUCAUCCAACCUUAAUCAGCACAUGAGGAUCCACAGGGAAAGGGUCGCUAAUAAUUCAGGAAAAAACUCUGACUUUAACUGUAAAUAUGCACAGUUAUUUUCCUCCCUGUAAAAAAAGGGAAAGGGAAAUACAUACAAUAGAAUAAAAAUAUGAAACAAAGUGUGCUUUAAAAAUCUUAACUGUUAGAAAAAAAACUUCAGCUACAAACAUCCUUCAGUCAAGAGCAGUGAGGGAUUUUCUCCCUUUGUUUUUUGAUUAAUAAGAAAAACAGGCGGCAGCAGGAAUAUUGCGCGCCUUCUCUUUAAGAAUAGUGCUGUAUAACUGAUAUGGUUUCUCUUUCACUUGUCUUUUUAUUGUUACUUGUUUGUUUAUUACACAAAUGAGGGUUAAUAUGAAUAUUCACUAAACAUUACGCUCUGACACAAAUCUUAUAUUUGACCAUUAAAUCGCUCGCAUUAAGAUGGCGUUAGAUGUGUGUGCUCUGCUUGUCUCUGAGGCUAAGUGCCCAAACACAACAGCAUACGCUCUUUUGCGCUUUUAAAACAUGAAUGAUUCGAACAUACAUCAAUGAGUGAUGCGCAUUCCAUGCUGCAAACAACACAGUACAUGAUUUUAGUCAUUUUCACGUGAAACUGAGCUUUGCAGAGCAACAAAUGUGUACAACUGGAAAGGGGGCGGUAUAUGAUGCAGUAAUUGUUUAUCUCAAUUUAGUUUUAUAAUCAUUAGAAGCCAAAAUCAAAAUUGAAACCAGAUUUUCAAUUAAUUGCACAGCCCUACCCUUUUUGCAGUGCCGUACAAAAGAAUUCCGCAUGCUAAAACUCAAGUGUGACAGCAGCUUUGGUGUGGGAUGAGUUUCAGCAACUCCUCAGACCUUAAAAAACACAUGAAGACCCACACUGGAGAGAAACCAUUCACAUGCACUCAGUAUGGGAAGAGUUUCAACCGAUCAGCAAACCUUAAUGAACACAUUAAGAUCCACACUGGUGUGGAAGAGUAUAUGUGCUUUGAGUUUGAAAAGACUUUUAUUACAGCUCCAAAAUUGACACUGCACCUGAUGAUUCACACUGACGAGGUUUAAUUCAUUUAACACAUCUGAAAACACAAGAUUAUUUACACUGGUGAGAAACCGUACAGAUCUGAUCAGUGUCUACAGAAUUUCACUCAUUCGACACAGCUUAAGAAACACAUGGACAAAAAGUUGCACAAAUGACAUGAAUGCACCUAAACAUUUUCUCAUGUGCACAGGAUGUUUCAUGUCUGAAUAAUGUUUGAUGUGGCUGAGUGACAGUAAACGCAAUCAUGGCAUCUGGGAGAAGAAAAGUUUUGUAAACAUCUGGCAAACAGCACCUCUGUGGUUUAAAAUCUCUUUGCAGGUGAUUGUACAGGUGCGGAUACAUCUGUACGCCACUCUCAUUUAUAUUCAUGUUGCUUUUGUUGUUUUGGAUGGUGUUCUCUGUCUGACUCCCUAAAUGAGAAGCAAAUCACUGGGAAGACACUGCACAUCAAAGAAGGUGGAGCUCCAGGACGAUUAGUUUCCAGUAUACCAGGGCCUCAAGUUUAGAAAGCCCAUUCAAUUGUCCUGUGUAGCAGCUUUUUUUUAGUAAAGUUUCUUUACUUUUAGGUUCAAAAUUCUUCAUAGUUUACUAUAUUUACUUUUUUGAGUAGAAUACAAUCGUGAUGAAUAUUUUAUGAUUUAGGCAGAGCGACAUGUAUUAAGUUUUACAAUAUUAAUACACUGUGAUGAUCGCAAGACUCCAAAUUGGAGUAUGUGGUAAAUACUGAUUGGUUGCUUAAAUUACUUAUCAAUGGGUAACUAAAAGCUGUUGUGCUAGCUUCCCCAAGAUGCUGUGGCUACUCAGGAGUCCUCAUGUCAAGACCUGCCAUCUCAUUGAUUCUUUAACCUUAUGGU